UGGCCCGUCUCCACAGGGCCACUGUAUGUGCUGGUGGAAUUUGCCUCCAAGGGGAACCUGCGGGAGUUCCUGCGUGCCCGGCGCCCCCCCACGCCUGACUACACCUUCGACAUCGGCGCCAUGCCCGAGGAGCAGCUCUCUUUCAAGGACCUGGUCUCCUGCGGCUACCAGGUGGCCCGCGGCAUGGAGUACCUGGAGUCGAAGAGGUGCAUCCACAGGGACCUGGCCGCCCGCAACGUGCUGGUCACGGAGGAGAACGUGCUGAAAAUCGCUGACUUCGGCCUGGCCCGGGACGUCCACGACAUCGACUACUACAAAAAGACCAGCAAUGGCCGGCUGCCCGUGAAGUGGAUGGCGCCCGAAGCCCUAUUUGACAGAGUGUACACGCACCAGAGCGACGUGUGGUCCUUUGGGAUUCUGAUGUGGGAGAUCUUCACGCUGGGGGGCUCCCCGUACCCUGGGAUCCCGGUGGAAGAGCUCUUCAAGCUGCUGAAAGAAGGGCACCGCAUGGACAAGCCUUCCAACUGCACCCAUGAGCUGUACAUGCUGAUGAGGGAGUGCUGGCAUGCCGUCCCCUCCCAGCGCCCGACCUUCAAGCAGCUGGUGGAGGGGCUGGACAAGAUCCUGGCAGCGGUCUCCGAGGAGUACCUGGACCUGUCUGUGCCCUUCGAGCAGUACUCCCCCUCCUGCGAGGACAGCACCAGCACCUGCUCCUCCGACGACUCCGUCUUCACCCACGACCCCCUGCCCAUCAGCCCCUGCCUCUUCUCCUACCGCAGCGUGAGGACGUGAGGGGCUGC